UAACGACCCAAAUGCAGCAUUAUCUCCCUUGAACAUUCCAUUAGGUUUGACACCAUCCGGAUCAAGAUGUCAUUGGUCAGGAAAUCACACUGGAUCUCUUGAUGUUUUGACGGCUGCUCUUAACAUCGUUCGAGGAUGAAUUAAGCAAUGUGAUGGAUGUUUUACACGUCCGAGGAGUCACUAUGGAACUAACAGAAAUUCUAGAUGAUACAAAAGAUGAUGUGUCAAUGACAAAGAGAAUAGCAAUGUUAGAUGGGGAGAAGUAUGAAUUGGAAUCUCCAACUCUUCAAAUAUGGUACAAACUGGACGCUGUGCAGGUCUUCUCAAGUUACCUGUAAACUGGCACUCAGGUGCCUUCAUGGUUUUCUUGCUUGAAUAAACUUAAAAUUUUAAAUAAUCAUUUGUGUGUUUUGUUUUUGCAAUUUUUUUAAACAUAUAUACGUUAUCAUCUAGUUGUUAAGUAUACGUUCCAUUUUAUAUUCUUUUCAUAAUCUGUCUUAUGUCGACGAAGCUGAAGAGGACUUUAGUCAGUUACCGAUUCGAUGAUGUCAUAGGAUGUGAAGAGGUAAUCACGGGAUGGUUUUGGAGAACAGAAGUGACGCGGGUGUGGCUAAUCGAGCAGGGUUGUUCAAACUUAUUACUGAAGAAAUGCAGAGUUGUGUCUGGGGACCAAAGAAAACGUUUCCAAUAUGAUCUAACAGAAAAGAUAGCAAAGGAAACAAAACGUCCUAAAAGAGUGCUGGUAAUGAUUAACCCCAAUGGAGGCAAUCGAACUGCUAGGAAGGAUUUCAGAAACAUAGUCGAACCAGUUUUCAGACUUUCCGGAAUGACAAUGGAUAUAAUUUUCUCUGGGUAUCCUGGACAUUUGAUUGAUGUUACUAAGAGUUAUGACUUCACCAACACUGAUGGGGUCGUUGUACUUGGAGGUGACGGGACAUAUCAUGAAGUACUUAAAGUAUUGAUGAGAAAGAGACAAGAAGAACAAAACGUGGAUAUAAACGACCCAAAUGCAGCAUUAUCUCCCUUGAACAUUCCAUUCGGCUUGAUUCCAACUGGAUCAAGAAGUCAUUGGGCAGAAAACCACACUGGAUCUCAGGAUGUUUUGACGGCCGCUCUUAACAUCAUUCAAGUUGUUUCCUCGUGGAUGCUCCUGUUUGAAAGUCUUGCACAAUACCAUUACAAUGCCAAAGUCACCUUCCACACAUCAGUUAUGGAACGACGUAACACUGAGACCAACGAAACUGAGAUCUUUGUUGCUGAUAGAAAACUCACUGGAUACACUUCUUAUACUUCUGAUACAGUGGUUUUUAACCGGAAGCUCUGGGACAUGCUGUUCCUCAACGGACAUGGUAUCUAUAAUGGGAAGGCCCUGGUAGAUCCCUCCAGAAUGUUUGUCCCCAAACCAUCGAUGUUUUCUUGUUUUGUUUUAUUCGACACGAUUUCACCCGGAUCUGUACGACAGUUUUACAAACAUUUUUUUGAAACGACGUAUAUGGAUGAAUUAAGCAAUGUUAUGGAUGUUUUGCAUGCCCAAGGUGUCACUAUGGAAUUAUCAGAAUGCCUAGAUGACGUAAACCAGGAUGUGACAACAGCAAAGAGACCAGUGAUGAUAGAUGGGGAGAUAUAUGAAGUGGAAUCUCCAACCUUUCAAAUAUGGUACAAACUGGAUGUUGUGCGGGUCUUUUCAAGCUACCUGUGAAGUGGCCCUAGUAUGCUUUCAUAGCAUUCUUGUUUGCUUGAACUUCAAAUUUUAAAGUAUAAUGUGCGUAUUUUGUCUUUUCAAAGUUUGUGAACGUGUGCACUUUAUUGUUUAGUUAGGUAUAUAUUGCUGUUUUCAUUUCCCCCUUCAAAUUUUGUCUUCUGUCAUUUUGUAUCAUAUAUCUACCUAUGUUUCCUAGAGAACAAAAUUUUACUUUAUCUGUGAUGAAUUCAGGGUGUUUCUUUAUCUGUAGAAGACACUGAUGUUAUUAAGGUUUUCUGUUUUCAAUAUAGGAUAUAUUAAUCUUUUCUUCUAAAAUUUAUCAACAAGAAAACGAUGUUGUUGAUUUCUUUUCAUACCUUUGGGGGAAAUAAAUGGUUACUUAACGAAGUCAUUGAUAACUAGCCCCUAGUAAACAAUCCUUAAAUUGUCCUCAAUUUUGUUUACUCGUAUCUUACAUUGAUAUUUGGAUUUUAUCUUAAAACAUAUCAAAUAAUCAACAUACGUAAUCAAGUUAAUUUUGAAGAAUAAUGAGAUUGAAAUCUUCUCUAGCCUUCAAAGGCAAAAAUGCUAAAAUUUAGAAAAAUAACACAAAGGUCAAUAAACAUUU